AUGGCACGCCCGAUUGCAGAGCAAAAGACUGGUACCGGGAAAGUCAGGAAUGUCCGGCAUUCUGGCAAAGAAUAUGAAGUUACAAUACAACAGGCUAGAAAGCGCAAUGGCCAGGAUAGAAUGAGGGUAUAUAAUAUGAAGAUUCAAAGCUUGGGGCAUCAGUUUCAACUUCUCACCCAAUGGGGCUGGCUUGGGCGAAUUUCGAGGGUUAGCGGCAUUCCUGUCGUGGCAGCAUCGGAGGAAGAGGCAGUCGCAGUGUUUAAGAAAAAGUUUUACGACAAGACGAGGCUCAAUUGGAGUGAUAGAAGUAAAGCCACAACACUGCGUCCUUGGAUUUUUCAUAUUCCCCCCCCACAGACGCGGGGCUUAUCGGCGCCAGUCCAAGACCUUCUCCGGCUUGUAUUUGACGAAGACCUAGUUGAGACUUCACUGGAUGAAUAUGGUUACAACUGGAGGAUGCUGCCAGUGCAUCAGCUAACUGACCAUACCCUUAGGGAGAGUUCUAAGAUUCUUAAGGAUUGGCGUGACCAUCUGAAGGAGUUGGACAAGUUAGAGAGGGAGGAAGCAGAGAGGGAGGAGUCGGAGACCAAGAUGAAGGUGGAGAGAAAAGAGAUAAAACAGCUCCGCGAGAAGUACUGCUGUAUGAUUCCCCACAAGGUCGUAGGCAGGGUGCGACUUGGGUUCGAUGUCCCCUCGUUCCGAAAAGAAGUUCGGCUUCUUCAACUCAUCCAAGGAAUAAGAGCUACUCCCUCUAUGCCGCCCUGUAGCGUUUUAGAGAAGGAGAAUCUUCUGGACUGGCAAUAUGAUAAACUAGGUAUGGAGAUCGGAAACCUAAGUACUCAAAGCACUCAAAGUACUGCUAAAGGCGCGGAAUAUAACUCUCUUCUUCAACUCUAUAAUCGGUCCAUCGACAAGAUUUACCCCCCUGAUCUUUAUAAAGUUAAGGAGAUAUUUCGCCUAAAGAAAAAGGACGAAAUCGACAACCGCCAUGUCGAAAAUCGUCGUCUCCUUUGGCAUGGGACUAGGUGCAUCACAGUUCCCGGCAUUUUAAGCCAAGGUAUACGAGUUCCGCACUCAGAUAUGACGGUCUUAAAGGGGAAAUUUGGCAAUGGCAUAUAUUUCACAGACAUAGCGUCGUUCGCUACUGAAUACUGUGGCACAUGUGAUUCCGACGGGCAUGCACUGCUAUUAUUAUGUGAAGUCGCUCUCGGUAAAAUGCUCCACUGUAAUUACGAGGACGCGGAUCCAAAAUUCGACCCGAAGAAACGACUGGGAGAAAAGUGUCAUAGUACUUUGGGCAUAGGUAGCUAUGGGCCACGCGCUGAUGUGGAAGUUGAUUGGCGCGACGCUAAAUUUAUCGAUGAAAGGCUACGAGGCAUACGCGUUCCAUGGCAUUAUAAAAAGCGGUGGUUGGAUGAUGCUCUGUCUUAUAACGAGUAUGUGUGCUAUGAUGAAUGGCGGGUAAAUCCACGUUACUUGUUCUGGCUCAGGGCUAGGGACUCGGAAAUAGAAUAG